AUGGCAGACAUGCGGAAUUGCCUUCAGUCACAAAGCAAGCCGUCCGACGCGCAUAAGGGAGUCGCCCCUCGACCGAAUACACCGACGUUUGCGCGGCAAACAGCGAGUGUAGUAAAUUUCGGGGCGAUGGAAUCCUACACGGGAUAUCACUCCCAGUUUCUAGGGCACGGGCCGGGACCGUACGACUCACGCCAGGCCAUGGGGCAGACGUUGAACCAGUGCCCGUGCCAGGGCUGCUCGCUACGGUGGCAGCAGUCCCAGCCGACUGGACCGCACAACAACGCCCUCUGUCCUCCUUACUCUUCCUACGACCACAGCCUGCUCAAGCCGACCUGGAACAACCAGGCUAAGGACUUCGGCCCCAUUUUCUCAGGGAGCAACUUUUCUCAGAACUUUGGCGGUGGAGGGCAGACCUAUCCUGUACACGACGGUUUGAACAAGACAGGCGGCGUUAGAGAGAACUGUACGCCGGGGACUUUAGACCCGUCUUCGUCGCUACCCCCGUGUAGGUAUUCCGUCGCAGGGCCAUCCCAGAAUUUGGGACUCCCUGCUUCAAAAAACGGCACGGAUGGGCCCGUGGUCGCAGCUGCCGACCAGUCAGUUGCACGUGGCGGUAGGAAAAAGCGGUGUCCGUACAGCAAGUACCAACUCUCUGUCCUGGAGCAGGAGUACAUCCAAAACAGAUACGUCAGCAGAGAGACGCGACUAGAACUCUCCCAGAGACUCAACCUCACCGACAGACAAGUCAAAAUCUGGUUCCAGAACCGCAGAAUGAAACAAAAACGCCUGGAAUUCCGCUCCAUGAACCAGACAUGAGCCGACUCGUUCUAUAACUCUAUAUCUAUCUUUUAGAAUGUUCCCUUUUCUCAUAUCAGAUCCGAUCAGAAAAAAAAGAAACGCAACACACAACACUUUAAGUUGUCAAACCUUAGAAUAACUUCUAUAUUUCAGCUCUGUGCCAUAGCGUCUUCAUAUAUAAAAAAGGAAGUAUGUAUUUUUUUCUUAGGGCAACAGGGUUCUCUGUACUAGUUUCUCUACAUCGAUACAUUUUGAGAUACUAAGAAAUUUCUGUCAGUAACAAAAAUCGCAAUGCUGUAGCCAGGAAAUAUUUUCUUUAUCUGUUUUGUGUGAAAAAAAUUCUUGAGAUGUGUAUUUUAAGGCCUUUGGAAACACAGUGUAAUAGCCAAC